AUGUGCUGCAACAGAUGUGAUUGCUGCCUUGUAACGAAAACCAUCUUAAAGACCAUUCUUCUGCAAGCUAGAUAUGCACGAAAUCAUCAGGUCCUAGACUCGCAUCGUCGUGAAUCCGGAGAUGUACAACCGUCUCGUUUGUUGUCACCAUCUUCAAAAACGGUGAGCAGAAAAUCUACUCAAUGGACAAAGCAUGUCCUCUACACCAACAUUUCCAAACCGAUUCCCAUCAACAUACAAACUCUGCAAUGCAUCCAAUUCUUGAAAAGUCCAGCGGCAAUCCAACUUCUUUCUUCUAAUGUUCAUCUCUACAAACUUCAUUCCCAUUAA